CUCGGCGGGAGGAAGGAGCGUGCCCUAGCCCUCGGAGGGAGGAAGGAACGUGCCCUCUUAAGGAGGGAGAGGCGUGCCCUAGCCCUCGGCGGGAGGAAGGGGCGUGCCCUAGCCCUCGGCGGGAGGAAGAGGCGUGCCCUAGCCCUCGGCGGGAGGAAGAGGCGUGCCCUAGCCCUCUAAAGGAGCAGGAGCCCAAAGAGUGUCUCUCAGGUGCUGAACCGGCGCAGGAGAUCCAGGUGACCGUUACCCUGACGGAGGGCCCGGAGUCUCCCCAGAGGUCUGGAACUCUAGUGGGCGUGUCACCGCUCGCCUCCCAGAGUCCCGCCGCACCCAGGGCCGACGACAACCAACAGGAACUGGAAAUAUCGGACUCGCCAGAAGGAGCAAAAAGGGCGGCGCAUGAGGAGGCGUUGCCCCACAAUGCAGAGGAGACCAAAUCGGAGGACUCCAAAACCACUUUUACUCCGCCCACCAAAGAAAUAUCCCAUGAGCCUUUGGAGGAGACUACCGAGGAGCCCCCUGUAGAGGAGAAGCCUAUGGAAGUAGCACCUGUGGAAAGGACACCUUCGGAUUUGGAACAGGCUGUUGAGGAGAAUGUUCUGGAACCUAUGCAGGAGGAGCAGGGUGCAGUUGCGGAAAAGGAGGUUGUGCAGAAGUUGCAGAAGGAGUUAGAGGAUGGGGGGGAGGAUUUGCCUCCAAUUGUUUUAGAUGAGGGGGAGGUGUUGCCUUCAAAUAUAUUGCCUGUUGAAGAGGAUACAAUCAGAGAAAAGGAGCUUAGUCCCAUGGCUGAACUUCCUGUUCGGAAGCGCACGGUAGACAUGGAUACCACGGUAGAAAUGGAUACUACCCCUGCCAGCGACUGCAGCUUCUCGGACUUCGGCUCUCCGAGGGGAGAGAGCAGAGCCCCUAAGGCCUCCCCUGGAAUGUCUCCCGAACUCUCGUUUAGGCUGGCCCCGUCCCCCUUCUCUACAGAGGCCUCCCCUAGGAAAGCCAGCCCACCCCAGGUUCAGGUCCAAAUCCAGGCCCAUGCUUCAUCUCAGGUCCAGCCUUAUCCUGGAUACAGUGCUAGUGUGCCUCCCACCAACACAACCUUUAUUCCCCUCACCCCCAAGAUUGGAAUGGGGAAGCCUGCCAUCUCCAAGAGGAAGUUCUCCCCAGGGAAGCCAAGGGUGAAGCAGGGAGCAUGGAGUAACCUUAGGGCUGCGAGCCCCCCCUCUUGGUCCCAGCAGGACCCCUCGGAGGGGGGGUGGAGUGGCCCACAAACCAGGCAGCUGCAAGAGGCACCCGUCUGGAGCAUGAGAGUGGGUCGUGGUUCAACCUUCCCUGGAAGGCGGAGACCCCGGGGGGCCAACCUGUCUGGGCGCGGGGGCCGCGGACGCUCCCGAGGACUCAAGGCCUACACCAGCUUUGCCGUAACACCUGGGGCCAGUUUUGUGGAGCAGCCGUACCUGGUGGUGGAGGAGAACACAAUGCAUAACACUGUGGUCAUGUUCUCAACCUCGGACCACUUCACACUCAGACAGGACAUGUGUGUGGUGUGUGGGAGUUUUGGCCAGGGGGCCGAGGGCAGGUUGCUGGCCUGCUCUCAGUGUGGCCAGUGUUACCAUCCCUUCUGUGUCAACAUCAAGAUCACCCGGGUGGUGCUGAGUAAAGGCUGGCGCUGUCUGGAAUGCACAGUGUGCGAGGCGUGCGGCCAGGCCAGCGACCCGGGCCGCCUGCUGCUGUGUGACGACUGUGACAUCAGCUACCACACCUACUGCUUGGACCCGCCCCUACAGACAGUGCCCAAGGGCAGCUGGAAGUGCAAGUGGUGUGUCUCCUGUACCCAGUGCGGUGCCACCUCCCCUGGCCUGAGGUGUGACUGGCAGAACCACUACACCCUGUGUGGCCCCUGUGGCAGCCUGGCAUCCUGCCCGGUGUGCAUGCACAGCUACCGUGAGGACGAGCUCAUCGUGCAGUGCCGCCAGUGUGACAGGUGGGUCCACGCAUGUUGCCAGGGCCUGAACACGGAUGAGGAGGUGGAGAAUGCAGCGGAUGAUGGCUUUGACUGCACCAUGUGUCGAUUGCACGCUCUGCCUUCACAGGGCAAAAUGAAAGCCCUCCUGUCUGAUGACUGCGAGGCCCCGAUGGUGACCCAGAUGGUGACUAAAAUAAGAGAGCCAGCCAAUCAGAAGACAUACACCCAGGAUGGGGUGUGUCUGACAGAGUCGGGCAUGUGCCAGCUGCAGAGCCUGGUGGUGCCCUCUUCGUCGACCCGCCGAGGACAGAACAGGCGACCCAAACCCAAGCUCAAGCUGAAGAUCAUAAAUCAGAACAGUGUAGCUGUGCUCCAGACUCCACUGGACCCCCACUACUUAGAGCUGUCCCAGGACGGGUACAUGGACAACAAUCGAGGGGACCUCAUGAUGUACUGUGACGUUAAGUCUGAGUCCAGCCCGGAACGGGAGCCCGUCGACGACGACGCCAAGGGUGCCGAAGACACCGACGGCAACAAGAAGAGGAAGAGGAAACCGUACCGGCCCGGUAUUGGAGGGUUUAUGGUCCGCCAGAGAAGCAGGACGGGACAAGGCAUAGCCAAACGAUCCCUAUCCAGGAAAGACUCGACGUGGUCGUUACCUGAGAACCCAAUGUGCAAAGAGGAGGGGUGGAACGAGACAGAGAGUACUCCAGUGGAGGAGACCCCACCGGUGCCUGAAUGUCAGGAGAAAGUCAAGAAAAGAUACCGCAAAAAGAAAACCAAACUGGAAGAGGAGUUUCCUUCAUACCUGCAGGAGGCCUUCUUCGGGAAGGGGCUGCUGGACAAGAGCAAGCAGAGCAGGCAGGCAGGCCUGGUGACCACGGGGCUCUGUGAGGAGCUGCUGGACAAGUGCAAGCAGAGCAGUCAGGCAGGCCUGGUGACCACGGGGCUCUGUGAGGAGAGCCCAGGGGCCCAUGCAGAGACCAAACCCCCCAGCGCCAGCUUCCUGGACCCCUUGUCGGACCCGCUGCUCAGUGCUACCUCCACCACCACACCCAUCUACAGCAAAGCAGGACUGCCCAAUACCGAGGAUCCCUUAGUGGACCUUUCGGAAGUCCUGAGCACGGAUGCAGAUCUCCUGGGAAUGCUGUCGGAUGAUCUGGUGAAGUCGGGGCACAACUCAGGUCUUGAUUUAUGCCCUUUCCAAGUCGACUGCUCUUCCUCUCCGUUUGCUGGUCUGGACAUGGACCCCAUACCUGAUGAUCCCACUGGGCCCUGUCAGGGCUCGGCAGGCCAGGGGUCCAGGGCUCUACAGGAGGAGCCUCUGGACGUCAUCCUGAGUCCAGAACUGGACAAGAUGGUCGCAGAUGGUGCAAUUCUCAGUAAGCUCUACAAAAUCCCAGAGCUGGAGGGUAAAGACGUGGAGGACCUCUUCACAGCGGUCCUGAGUCCCAGCACCAGCCAGCCUCCACAGCUGCCUCACCCCCAACCGGCCCACCCUGGGCCCAAUGUACCUAGAGCCGUGGCCAUUCCAAACCCAGGCGACCAUGGGAUGUUUCCCCGCAUGCCAAUGAUAAACGGCAUGAUGGGGCCCAACCCCCACUUUCCUCCAACUCCCAUGAUGCCCGGCAGCACAGGCCAAUGUGGCCUGGGAAACUUCUCGCCCAUUCACAGAAUGCCUUUCCCAGACAAGAUUAGGGACAAGAAGUUUAGCCAGAUGGGGGGUGAUGUGGUUGGUUCGUGGAGCGCCCCCAGCUCUGUCCCCGUCCCUGGCCCUGUUCCCCCUCCAGAGGGAGAGACAGACACCAUGUCCAACGCCCAGAGGAGCACGCUCAAGUGGGAGAAGGAGGAGACUCUGGGCGAGAUGGCCACCGUGGCCCCAGUCCUCUACACCAACGUCAACUUCCCCAACCUCCUAGAGGAGUUCCCAGACUGGGCUAUGAGAGUGAAACAAAUCGCAAAGUUAUGGAGGAAAGCCAGUUCCCAGGACAGGGCCCCAUAUGUGCAAAAAGCACGGGAUAACCGGGCGGCCCUGCGCAUAAACAAAGUUCAGAUGUCAAAUGAUACGCUGAAGAGACACCAGCAUCCUCAGCAGCAGCAGCCGCUGUUGACUGACACCUUUGACCCCAAUAGUGUCCCCUUGGACACUGAGCUGCUCUUCAAAGACUCUCUCAAGCCCAAGGAGUCUGAACACGAGCAGGAGUGGAAGUUCAGACAGGUAAGAGUUCCUUUGGAGGGAGAGYCUUUUMCCAGGAUYGGSGGKCACCGAGCRGAGGUCUACCAGCGCAUGUCUCACAACCGCAUGAUCCUCUCGGACCCCUACUCCAGGCCCUUGCUCACUCCCAUCCCUGGCAGCAACGAGUCAGGCUCCGUCCCGGUGUUCAAAGCCCCCAUGCCUCCCCAGCAGUCCCAGCAAGAGCCCUACGGUGGCCCUAUGCCUGGGGGACUUAGACGAGGGCCAUCUAAUGACUUUCCCCAGGGAUCACAGGCCGACCCCUAUGCCCAGCAGCCCCUCACCAUCCGUCCGCCCAUGGGGGAAGGGUUCCCCAACGAGCCCAAGAUGAUGCGCCAAACCCAGGAGGGCCAUUUCUCUCAACCCAUGCCAAUGAUGAGACCCCCUCACAGAAACUCAUACGCCCAAGCACCAUCCACCCCGAGACCAGAUUAUUCCCAGCAGAUGCCUGACCCUUACGCCCAACCGCCAGGCACCCCCAGACCUCACUCAGAUCCUUCAUACCUGCAGACGCCACCUAGCCUUCAUCUAGACCAGUUUCCCCAGCAGCACCCAGCCAAUCGCAGACAGUCUCCAUCUCACUCCAUUGAUCCUUAUGCCUCCAUGCCAGGUACCCCCAGACCAGCCCCAGGGGAUAGAUUCCCCAAAUCCCCUGCUAGUCAAAGGAACAUGGACCCCUAUGCCCAACAACCCGGUACCCAUCGGCCUUCCAAUGCCAUUCUAUACGCACAGCCCCCUGGAACCCCAAGACCACUCCUCACCGACCCUUAUGCCCAAGCUUCAGGGAUGCCCCGGCCAGGAGCUGGUCCUGACGCCUUCAAACGACUAGGCUCCAGACCGAUACCCAUGUCCCAACUCCCAGCUGACCCCUUCUCCCACCAGUCUCCAGGCAGGAUGCAGGACACAUUUGCCCAUCCAAGUGCCCCAGGCCCUCAGAUAUCUAAGCACCCGGAAAUGUCGGACGAAAGUUUCUCUCUGCCGCAGUCGAAUCAUCACGGUGGCCAAACGCCGAUUCACGACCCCUUUGAACAGGGUCCAAUGACACCUUGUGCUCAAGCUUCAGAAAGGCCAGCCCAUGAUAUCCCCCAGUUGAGCAGCAACACUGUUGCUGCUCAGAACAGCAUGCAGCCACACCUGGGAGACACUGAGGAGAAGCUCAGACAGCGCCAGAGACUGCGCCAGCUAAUCCUGAGGCAGCAGCAACAGAAGACGGCCAUCCGACAAGAGAAGGGACUACUACAGGAAGCUGGUGGAGCUACUGGUGUGGUGACACCCCGUCACUGGUCACAAGAAGAUCCCACCCCGCAGAACCACAUGUUUGGCAGACCACCACCCCCUUACCCAGGACCCAUGAGGGGCGGCCCCCAAGUUCCCGGGGGUCAAAGGUUCCCUGGUACCUUCCUAGGGGACCAGCGAGGACCCUUCCCCAACGAGGGCCAGUUUGCCAUACCCCACUUCCCCAGGGACAUGGGCAACAUGGGCUUGAGGCCCCAAGGAAUGAGGUUUGGAUUUCCCUCCGGCCAGGAGCAACAUUUCCUCAGGCCCCCUCAGCAGAUGCCCGGCGGGCCCAUGGUCGAUAACAUUCCUCCACAGAUGAGAAGGUCCCUCUCGGUGGACUUUUCCAGGGGGGGCAACCCCCUGAUGGGACUCCCCCAGGACUUCCCUCCACAGGGCCUUACCGUCCAGCAGCACAAUAUCAUGGGUCAGCCGUUCAUCGAGCUCCGCCACAGGGCCCCUGAGAACAGGAUGAAGAUCCCCUUUGGUCAUGGACCCCCCGACGUCAUGGACCCCUCCAACCAAACCCAGAGACCACCCCAGUGCUUCAUGGGAGGCCAGGAGAUUGGCUUCGCCAGGAACCAGGGACCCAGAAUGAUGGCUCCCAUGAUGGGCAGACCUUCCCAGGGAUCGGUUGGCCAAAUGCAGAUGUUGGCAAGUAUGGAGAACCUGCACCAGCAGCAGACUGAAGUGCGGGUGACCACUGAACAACAACAACAUCCUCCACUGAAUAGGUCCCUCAGCCACCCUGUCACUAGUGAGUCACUCAAUGCAGAGCCAUCUGGUAUGCUCUUGCCUGGGUCUAGCACCGGUCAAACGGAGGAGACUCAAAUACCCAGUGGAGACGGAAUCGACGAAAACCUGGACGCUGACGACUCUGCAGUGAAGGACCUCGAAGACGUGGAGGUCAAAGACCUGGUCGACCUGAACCUGAACCUCGACCCAGAUGAUGGCAAAGACCUGGACCUGGGACCCAAUGACCUGCACCUCGAUGACUUCCUCAUGUCUGGGAAGUUUGACCUCAUCGCCUACACGGAUCCUGAGCUCAACCUGGACGACAAGAAAGACAUGUUCAGUGAAGAUCUCGACCUGGGUGACCCCAUGGAGGAACACCAACAGGGAGAGACCUCGGACCUCCAGAAAGCCCUGUCGGAGAAGAGGAACGCCAGCGGAGACUGCGCAGCCACCUCGUCCCAGUCCGUAGGGAAAUCCGUGCACGGCCAAAUCAGACGGGAGGCCAACAAAUCGAAAGAGACCUUGGACAUAGUCAAAAUAGAGGAAACAAUCAAAACGGAGGUCAAAGAUGGACACAUGCAAAACCAGGACCAGCCACUCUGCAGUGGCCAGAUGAAUGACAACAGAACCAUGACUAACCAAGAGGGUGCAGGGCUGUAUGAGCAGCGUGGACAGACUGUCUCGGCUCCGGUCCUCUCCAACCUUCUGGUCAAAGAGAAACUGGAAAACACUGGGUUAGGCCCAACCGGCUCUCAAGGGAACAUAGCUGCCCAGCCGAACCAGGCCACUGGGCUACACCCAAACACAGGCAUGCAACAUACCCAAGACAACAACAGGCUCAAUCCCAGCGUGGCUAUGGGACAUCGGGUGAACCCUGCGUUGGUUCAGAGCAGGCUUUCAAUGGGAAACCCAAACCACAUCCUAGGGGGGAACCACAGCUUCGGGGCCUCAGCAAACCAGCAGAUGGAGCUAAACCUAGCCAUGGUGGGAGCCAGUCAGCAGCCCACUGACCAUGGCCUGAACCCCCAGGGCCAGCAAGGCUCAUCGCUGGGGCAGGCCGGCCCACAAAACAGGCCUCUGCUGCUGGACGAGCAGCCCCUCCUACUGCAGGACCUGCUCGACCAGGAGAGGCAAGAGCAGCAGCAGCAGAGGCAGAUGCAGGCCAUGAUCCGACAGCGCUCCAGCGACUCCUUCUUCCCCAACAUAGAUUUUGAUGCCGUCACAGACCCGAUCAUGAAGGCUAAGAUGGUAGCCCUGAAGGGAAUCAAUAAAGUCAUGGCUCAGAACAGCAUGGGAAUGCCCUCAAUAGUCAUUAACAGCAAUGAUCCUCUCAGAAUUCAGCAUACGCCAGGAGCCCAUGGACCAGAUGCUGCUGCCACUCUGCCUCCACAUGUGUUUGGACAGGACGGGAAGUUGGCUCCACAGAUGGCGAGACCGAACCCCCCAAAUUUUGGACCUGGAUUUGUCAACGAUGGCAAGAGGAAGCAGUACGAGGAGUGGCUCAAGGAGACCCAACAGCUCCUGCAGAUGCAGCAGAAGUUUCUGGAAGACCAGAUUGGGGCCCACAGGAAAUCCAAGAAGGCCCUGUCAGCCAAACAGCGGACGGCCAAGAAGGCUGGCCGUGAGUUCCCUAAGGAGGACGUCGAGCAGCUGAAGCAUGUGACAGAGCAGCAGAGUGUGGUGCAGAAACAGUUGGAGCAGAUUCGGAAACAGCAGAAAGACCAUGCAGAGCUGAUAGAGGAGUACCGUGUCAAGCAGCAACAGCUAAGUCUACAGGCUCCUAUGAUGCCAGGGAUGCCACCCAUGCCAGGGAUGUCAGCUCAUGCUGCCCCUAUGAUGCCCAGGGAGCCCCCUUUGGGCCAGCCCAUGAUGACAAUGCAGCCCCACCCCAGCCAGCCUAACCUUGCCCGCAUGCCCAACGUGCCAGGCUGGCACCCUGGGGGAGCCCCAGGACCGAUGGGAGGCCCGGGUCUAAUAAUUCCAGCUCAGAUGCCCCCUGCCAGCCCUGCCCAGUUGCACCAGCCCCAGUUACCACCCCAGACCCAACUACCGCCUCAGCCUCAAUCAGCCUCAAUGGUGCCCGGAGUAAAAGCCACACCUGCAGGCAAAGGAGCAGGAACCCAGGGAGCUAGCGGAGGUAACGGUGGUGGUGGCAGCAAUAGUCUCGCUGUGAAAUUUGAUGACAACAAUCCAUUCAGCGAGGGCUUCCAGGAGCGCGAGAGGCGGGACCGCAUGAGGGAGCAGCAGGAGAGACAGCGGGUUCAGCUGAUGCAGGAGGUAGACAGGCACCGGGCUAUGCAGCAGCGGCUGGAGAUGGAGCAGCAAGGCCUUGGAAUGGGUCCCGCUGGGCUCCCACACGGCUCUGGAGCUACUAACCACAGUGGGGAUAGCCUGGCCCACAUGCCAUUCUACAAUACUGAUCUGCCCCAAGACUUCAUGCAGCCCUCUAGACCUCAACAACAAGCACCACCACAGCAGGGGAAGCUAGGGCCCAUGUACCCCCAGCAGGGCAUCGGGGCCUUCAUGCUGGGGGACGAGCGCAGGCCAAUGCCCAAGACUGGGGCUUUUGGUGGUCCCGAGAUGGGUCCCAAUUUCCGUCCCAAAAACCCCAUGCUGCAGGGGCUCAACUUCCCCUCGGGACAGCCCCGUCCCGCCAGAUUCGGAGGCCCUGGGAUGAUGCCCCAGAGUGGGGGCCGAGGUGAGGGACAGGGACUACCGUUCGGAAUGGACUCAUCCACCCCCCUGCCUCCCAACUACCCCGGCUCAGGCCAGUCCUUGAUCCAGCUCUACUCUAACAUCAUCCCAGAGGAGAAGGUCAAGAAGAAGAGGAACAGGAAGAAGAAGAUAGACUCGGUCGACGACAUAGACUCUGUCAAGACCCCGUCCACUCCCCACUCAGACCGCUGCUCCCCGCUGACGCCCUCCCGCGGGUCUGACACCUCAUCCACCCGGAGCCUCAGCAUUCCUGGUGAGCAGGAUCUGUCCGAUCUUUUCCUCCCAGUGGGGUCCUCUGGUUUGGCCCCCUCCACAGAACUGGAGAGGCAGCUCUCAGGCAGCAGCUUAGCCCAGGGUGGCUGCUCCAGCAUGGGCUCUGAGAAUGACCGGGCCCCCCUGUUUGACGAAACCCUCCAAAUCAAGUUGGAGAGCAUAGAGACUGAGUGCAGAAGGGACGAGGCGGCCAACGAGGGGUCUGCCUUGCAGCACGUUCCCCGAGCUGGCGGGACAGUAAAGGUGGAGGAGGGAAGCGAGGAGGGGUUUUCUUCACCCCUCCACGGUGCCAAAGGUGGUGACACAGGGAACGAGCUGCUUAAGCACCUGUUGAAGAACAAGAGCACACCCCCACCGGGCGCCAAUGCCAACCAGACCCUUCCCACACAGCAGAUGUCCUGUGACAAACUGCGCUCAGAGCAGGAGGACUCAUCAGACCACAAAGCCACUGCCAGGCCGGCCUCCACCGCCAACAACAUGACUCCCCGGCGUAGUCAGCUGACAGGAAGCACUGAGCACCUAGAAACCUCGGUGCCGGAGCAGGGCAAGAGGAAGCAGCAACGCAACAAACUGACGCAUAAAAACGGGGUGGAGAAACCACCAUCGCGCUACAAGAGGAGGAAGAAGGAGGAAGAGGAGAAGCAGAUUGGUUAUUCCAGUACUGACACUCUGAUGACCCAGCUCAAACAGCAGCUUUCCCUGUUGCCCCUGAUAGAGCCCCUGAUGGGGGUCAACUUUGCUCACUUUCCUCCCUUCGGCAGCGGGCAGCUGAACGGGGAGAACAGCCUGUCGGGAUCCUUUGGCAGCGCUUCGCUGGGCGGCGUGUCAGACUACUACUCCCAGCUCAUCUACAAGCAGAACAACUUGAGCAACCCGCCCACCCCUCCAGCAUCACUCCCUCCCACGCCGCCCCCCGUGGCGAGACAGAAGAUGGUCAACGGGUUCGCCACGGCCGAGGAGCUUACCAGGAAAGCUGCCGUCUUGGGUGGCCAUGAUGCGUUCCGGACAGAAAAAGACCUGCUGGCCCAUGCCAUCACCCAGGGGCCCAAGACGGUGGACGUCCCCGCCUCGCUCCCCACACCACCCCAUAACAACCAGGAGGAACUUAGGAGCCAGGACCACUGUGCGGACAGGGACACCCCUGAUAGCUUCGUCCCCUCCUCGUCCCCCGAGAGUGUGGUCGGCAUGGAGAUCAGCCGCUACCCCGACUUGUCAAAUGUCAAGGAGGAGCCCCCCUCCCCUUGCUCCUCCCCUGUAAUUCCCAUGCUGCCUAGCGCCAGCGGGAAAGGGACUGAGAUUAAGCGAGAGGUCACUGAACCCUCAAGCUCCUUUUUCGGGUCCCAAUUCAGACAGGCUCCCUCCUGCUCCAAAGCUGGCCUGGUAUCCAUAGCUAUCACCUUGAAUCCGGUCGCAGCGGAGAACAUCCCUGGCAUGGUGGCUGCGGUGGCCGACCUGCUGUGUGUGAACAUCCCCGUUAGCUACGAGGUGAGCUGCGGCCCCGAGCGUAGCUCCCUGGCCCUGCUGGCUGGAGUCAAGGUGCCUCAGACCAAGGGUGUGGACCACCACCACGCGGCCAUGUUCCCCCAGCAGCCCCCCACCAUGAGGUUCCUGAGACCCCCCGGACCGCACACCCAUUCCGGAAUUAGCCAGCAGCCACCUACCAGCGCCGGUCCGUCUGCCAGGGGAGACGGGCCUAAACCCCAGUGGUGCUGGAACUGCAAGGUGCUGGUUCUGGGAAACGGAGUCCGCAAGUCCACCAAAGACCUACCCUGCAGCAAACGGGAGAGACCGAACCAUGCGGGGGGCAGCAUGGUCUUCUGCAGCCAUAACUGUUUCGUCCUCCACACCACUGCCACACAAUCCAAAGCAAUGGACAGUAAGCCAAACAUGUCUCCUCUCUUGCCGGAGUCGUCGGUCAAAGAGAGCCCGUCCAAGGUGCUCCACCAGUAUAGCAACAACAUGUCCACACUGGACGUCCACUGCCUGGCCCAGCUGCAGCCCAAACAGUCGCCCCCCUCCAGCCCCCAUCCCAUCUCCUUCCCCUCUGAGAAACCCAAGCCGGACACUCUCAAGGUGACGGUCAAGUUCAAGCCAAGGCCCAGGGCGGUCCACUCAGCCAGCGGGGGAGGUGAUAUGUCGCCGUACCACCAUAAGCGCUGGAAGGGCCUGCGUUGGCGCAAGUGGAGCGUGCACAUUGUGGUUCCCACUAGCAGAACCCUGCUGUCCUCUCUGCCCGGUGAGGACGAGAUGGACAAGCUGCUGAGGAAGCUGGGCGCCUCUCUGCGUCCUGAUCCCCUUCCCCGCGACCUUCGACGUUGCUGCUUCUGCCACGAGGAGGGCGACGGUGUGACGGACGGGCCCGCGCGGCUCCUGAACCUGGACCUAGACUUGUGGGUGCACCUUAACUGUGCACUGUGGUCAUCGGAGGUGUAUGAGACGCAGGCAGGCGCCCUUAUCAACGUGGAGCUGGCGUUACGGCGGGGCAUGGCGGUGCGCUGCGCCUACUGCCAGCAGACGGGCGCCACCAGCCGCUGCCACCGGUUGCGCUGCGCCAAUGCCUACCACUUCACAUGCGCCCUCAAGGCCCAGUGCACCUUCUUCAAGGACAAGACCAUGCUGUGCCACCUGCACCGGCCCCGGGGCAGCGACAGGGCCGUGGCGUCCGCCACUAACCACCACGAGCUGCGCUGCUUCGCAGUGUUCCGCCGUGUCUACGUGCAGCGUGAUGAGGCGCGGCAGAUGGCCAGCAUCAUGCAGCGUGGCGAGCACCGGCACACGUUCCGUGUGGGCAGCCUGGUGUUCCACACUGUGGGUCAGCUGCUUCCCCAGCAGAUGGCCGCCUUCCACUCUGCCAACGCCAUCUUCCCCGUGGGCUACCGGGCCAGCCGCAUCUACUGGAGCACACGUCACGGCAACCGCCGCUGCCGCUACCUGUGCUCGGUGGAGGAGAACGAGGGCCGGCCGGAGUUUGUGGUGCGGGUGAUGGAACAGGGCUACGAUGACCUGGUGCUCACCGGCGCCUCACCCAAAGGUGUCUGGGACAAGAUUCUGGAGCCUGUGGCUGAGCGGCGUAACGAGUCUGGAACUCUGAAACUGUUCCCCGUCUACCUGAAGGGAGAGGACCUGUUUGGAUUCACUGUCACUGCCGUCACCAGGAUCGUGGAAUCGCUCCCUGGAGUGGAGGCCUGUGAAACUUACACUUUCCGUUUUGGACGGAACCCUCUGAUGGAUCUCCCCUUGGCCAUCAACCCAACUGGCAGUGCCCGCUCGGAACCCAAGACCUGCACCCAUGUCAAGAGAUCUCACACUUUGUCCAGCACCGGCGGCUCCUCUAAGUCCAUGCAGACAGUUGGCAGCGUGGGUGUGGUGGAAGCACCAGAAGAGGUGACCCCCAAGCAGUUUGCAUCCAUCCCCUUCCAGUACCGACGCAUGAAGGCAGAGUGGAAGAGCAAUGUGUACCUGGCACGCUCCCGCAUUCAGGGGUUGGGUCUGUACGCCGCCAGGGACAUUGAGUCCCACACCAUGGUGAUUGAGUACAUCGGUACCCUCAUUCGCAACGAGGUCGCCAACCGGAUGGAGAAGAUGUAUGAAUCCCAGAACCGUGGAGUCUACAUGUUCCGCCUGGACAGUGAGCAUGUUGUCGACGCCACCAUAACAGGCGGACCAGCAAGAUAUAUCAACCACUCCUGUGCCCCCAACUGCAUCACUGAGGCCGUGAGCUUGGAGAGAGGUGUUAAGAUCGUCAUCAGCUCCUGCCGUAAUAUCCAGAGAGGAGAGGAGCUGUGUUACGACUACAAAUUUGACCUGGAGGACGACCAGCAUAAGAUCCCUUGCCACUGUGAUGCAGUUAACUGUCGGAAAUGGAUGAACUAGAACAGAGUUGCGGCAAAAGACGGGCAACGAAACUUUAAAAUUACACACACACACGUGCAUUCCUUAUAGGCUUGUUGGUUGAUAUGCUAUUACUUUUUUUAAAACAAUUUAAAUCGGGGGAAGAGACUGACCGCAGAACUGUUAGAGGAAUCAAAAGGCAGAAAGACUAUUUUUAUUAAGGCAGUGAGCUGAGUCUUUCACUGCAAAAAAGAGUAGAGAUGGAUUUUUGUUAAUAUUAAAAAGUGUGAGGGGAUUGGGGCUGGGGUAGAAUUCACCAGUUGACCAGGAGAGUUUUGUACUGGCCACCGCCUUACUUAGUUAGAGAGGCAGGUCCUCCGGAUUAAGAAAUAUAUACAUAUAUAGUUACAGAAAUGUAGACGCCACUGAACAAGGAAUGUACAGAGAGGACUUCCUUAGGGACAAAGCUAAGGGAUUAUUAACUUGCACUAAAAACAAAAAAAUUGUUAAAUACUUGAUUCUAUGAGUCAGUUUGUUUUUGAUUUAUGUAAAAUAAGAGAUUUUUUUCGUAUUUAUUAUCAAAUGAAGUUAUUUUUUUAAAUGAGGAGAAAGAGUCACCGGCAAACUGCAGCCCAGUCUAAUCAGAACGUGUUGCUAUAUACAAUGUGUAAAUAUCUGUAAAAGACGUAAAUAAUCAGCCAAACGCUACCUUAGCUUCAUGGCUGUUUGGAUGAUUCUUUAGUUUUUUUUUUCAACAAAAAAAAGUAUUUAAGAAGGAUAUCAUUGUACAAAAGUCCAGAGUAUUUUUGUUUUAUUUAGAAUGUAGUUGCAUUGACUCGAGCAAUCUAAGAAUUGCACAGAGCACCAAUCAGAGACUGUUACAUCCUAACCCUUAGUUAAUCAGAUUUGAACGUAGAAUUAGAGAACUGUGAAUUUAGGUUGGAAACCACCCACACCAUCGGUUAGCUUCUUUAACUGUAUCAUACGCACAGUAGUCUGAUUUACCUCAUGCAGUUAAUUAACAGACACAUGUUUAAAAAAUGUCUUUUAGUUGCAGGGGACUCCAUUAUGCUUUUGACAAAAUGUGUUGUUUACAUUUCUUUUGAAUAAGAAACGUGCUGGCUAGUUGAGA